AUGUACCUCUCCCCGCCCCUCUUCGCUCUGGCCUCACUACUCCUCCCGCUCGCUCUCGCCCUAGAAACAGAGUCUGUCCGCAUAGGCGAUACUGACGUGGACAUAGUCCUUCCUGGUCUCCCCUCCCCUCCGACUUUGCUCCGCCCGCGGUCCGAGACCGAAUGGAUCGACGGUGUCGAAAUCACCCUCCCUGGUAGACGACACCUACCUCUGCCGUACCCACCGGCGGUCCUCAAGAGGGAUGCUUUGUCAAAGAGGGAAUUGGGGAAACGGGCGCCGGCGCCGGGACGCUUGUUUGGGGAGAGUGGACUUCCGGAUUGGAGGGAUGCUUUGCAGAAUGAAUCCAUCCCCUCAUGCGGCCUCACCUCCGCCAUCCAGGCAAUAUCGCACCUCCUCCCUGAACUCCUGGCCGCAAACCUAUACGUCGAGGAUACGAACAACACUUCCACCACACCUGACUCAGGAGGACCAGGCUCGGUGCUGGUCGGAACGACCCCGUGGGAUGUAGCCCCGUUGACUAAGCUGGGGGUGACGGUGCAAAAGGCGAGUAUCAAUGGCAGUAAUAUGAUGGCGAGUGAUAUUUGGUGGCCAGCAGCCUUCGAAAAGUCCAUCGAGGCCAUAGCACAACCCACAACCUUCAUACUCUCUUCCCGCGCCAUGACGAUGAUCUCCGGCCUCCCCGCUUCCUUCAACCUAACGACCAAUCCUGAUCCACUUCAUCCGGACCAGAAACCCGGGCCUUACGCUACGGAUAUGGAGGCGACGUGGGCGGUACUGAAACGGGCGGGCGAGACGCCCAUUACGGUGCAGACGUUCAAGAAUGGGUCGGCGGCGGCGGGGUUGCAGCGGAAUCACGUCUUUACAGUUUUGAAGGCGGAAGAGGUGGGCGGGGUGAGGACGUUGACACUCCACAAUCCCCUCGGCUACGAUAAUGUCCUCACCUACCAACAAGCCUGGCCCCAGCUAUACCUCUACAGCUACCUCACCGGACUCCCCACGCGUAAAGACUUUGGUCUUGAGCGGAGGGCGGACGAUGGGUAUGUGCCUGUACCUCCUCCUGCCCAGCCGGCCGACGCGCAUGCGGUACCUAUGCCGGUCCCGAUCUCGGUGUCUGUCUCGAUGCCGAUUCCCAUCUCGGUCUCCCAGGCGCCUGCCUCGACGAGCGUCAAACCCGUCUCACAGCCUGUGAGCGUCAAACCCGUCUCACAGCCUACUAUCCCACCCAAAGUCGUUCAGCCCGCACCUGCUGUACCGUUCCCAGCCAAGCCGCCAAUGAAAGGCGCCACUGGCGCUAAGUACACCGCUACAGUCUCCACACCUCCGGCCGCUCCUUCACUCGCUCCAUCCAUCGGGGCCGCCGGCGUUCGAGACCCCGAAUCCAAGCCAGAAGCAGCGACCCCAAUCACGCCUCCGCCAGCAUCACCAGUCAUGCCCUCUCCUCCCGCGGUCGACAGAUCUAGGCCGAAGAAGGACAUGGAAGGGGAUGAAGGGGCGAAGACAGUCAAGCAGAAGGAGGAGGAGGAAUCACCCCCGAAGCAGCCGGUCCCUGCCGGAACGCCAUCGGCCGGGACACCCAUCACAGCCAACGCAGGAGUCGAUACCGGCUCUACUCCUCCGACUCGUCCCUCGCUCUCAGCACCAGUCGCAGCCGCGGGUGAUACGAAGCCCAAGCCAGAGCUGGUCGGUCCCAUACCGCUCCGUCCGUCAGGGGCGGCACUGCCUAGCUCUUUGCCGGUGAUUGAGGCAGAGCGGGAGAAGGGGGACAAGGCGGAUGACAAGUCGGGUGACGGGAAGGCGGUCACGCGGCUGCUCGAACCCGCAAGGGGUCCAAAGGCGAAGCCGGCCGCAAUGGCGUCGACACCUACUCCUCCGUCAUCACCCCGGCUGCCCUCUCAUGACCCGGCGGUCAAGGCUGGGCCGAAGAUGGGAUCGGGCGGUGGGACCGAGCCAGAUCAGGGGAAGAUGGACGCCCGCCCGCAACCGAAGCCAGGUGGAACUACUGUAGGUGACGGAAAGCAUGGAGAAGGCAGCAAGCCGGCGGGGUCAAAAGAUGUCGAAGGUUCAGGAUCUGGGCAGAGGGAGAAGGAGGGUGAGGGAGACACUGAAGGGAAGGGUGUGAAGGGCCGAGCGGGGGUGAAAGAGAUCGCGGGGUCAGCGAGGGGAGAUGAGGGACGAGGUUGA